UUGAAUCCAGCUCUGGAAACAAAUGCAUCAUUUUACUGCUCUUAAAAAGUGAAAAGAGUUUGAUUUUCUCCAGCUACAAACUGCUUUGCUCCAUAAGAAGGACCCUAAAGGACCCAGACAGCAUUUUUUUUUUCCAAUCUGCCUGAGGAGCUUUUGCUUUUAUGCCUGAAACUUGAUGGUUUUAGGGAGGAGGUUUUGGUUGGGUUUGUUUUUAAUGGGAAUGUUGAAAAGUUUCUUAUUGAUGCUUUCAAUGGAAUCCAAUUUUUAAUAUGGGUUGAGUCAGAUCUAAAGGAGAAAUGCCUGACCAUUUUCUGCUCGACUGACGGGGGAACAUGUAGAGGGAAACUUGGUAGGAGAAAAAUGAGAUCUGAUUUGCAACUAACAGCUCAGCUUUAUUUUGAGAAUAUGUACAGGCUCAGGGAAAGGGAAAUUAAAUAUUGACCGAGGACAAUGUCUGUAUUUCUCAGUAACUUAACAAAUGACUCUAGUCUAUGGAAAGAGAAUCAUAAUUCGACAGAUCUUUUAAAUCCACCAGGAACUCUGAACGUCUACCUUUUUUGCCUGACGUGCUUACUGACUGUCGCAGCCCUGGCAGGCAGCAUCUAUUCACUAGUUUCCCUGCUGAAAACGCAGAACAGAACUGUUGUGUCCAUGCUCGUGGCGUCCUGGUGUGGGGACGAUCUCCUGAGCGUCCUGUCGGUGACCAUCUUCAUGUUUUUGCAGUGGCCAAACGAGGUCUUUGACUACUUCCAGUCUCUGUGCGCCACCUCUGCCUUACUCUAUCUGUGCCAGGGCCUCUCGAGCAACUUGAAGGCGACGCUCCUAGUCUCAUACAACUUUUACACGAUGCGCAGGACUGGAGGGAGCCAGGCAGCCUCCAGAAGAUCCAGCCAGGUGCUCGGCGUGGCCCUGACGGUGUGGGCAGCCAGCCUGCUGCUCUCCGCGCUCCCACUGUGCGGCUGGGGCGCUUUCGUGCGCACGCCCUGGGGCUGCCUAGCGGACUGCUCCAGCUCCUACGUGCUGCUGCUCUUCGCCGUGUACACUUCAGCCUUCGGACUGCUCGCCGGCCUCUCGGUCCCGCUCAUUCACCAGCUGCUGUGCUCAGAGGAGCCGCUGAGACUCCAUGCCCACUACCAGGAGAUUUCCCGCGGAACGUCCACCCCCGGGACCCCUCCAACUGGGGAGAGAGUGCUGUCCCUGUGCCCAGAGGAUGCUCUGGGCCCUGCCCUGCGUCGCUUCGCGGCAUGCUCCCCGAACUCGGAUGCCGUGUUGGGGCCGGGGCCGCCCGGGAGGGUGGAGCAGGAGCGCGGGCAAGGGCGCAGCGCCGCCGCUGGGGCUGGAGCCUGCAGGCGUGAGGACCCAGGGACUCUCUAUGGCACCAGGAGCUUCAGCGUGAGCACAGCGCAGAAGCGCUUCUCUUUGAUCCUAGCGCUGACCAAAGUCAUCCUUUGGCUUCCCAUGAUGAUCCACAUGGUGGUCCAGCACGUGGUGGGUUUUCAGAGCCUUCCCUUCGAGUCACUCAGCUUCCUACUAACCCUGCUGGCCACCACUGUAACCCCCGUAUUUGUCUUGUCCAAACGCUGGACCCACCUGCCCUGUGGCUGCAUCAUCAACUGCAAGCGGGAUGCAUAUGCAGUGGCAUCCGAUGGGGGAAAAACCAAGAGAAACUGCUUUGAAUUCAAUCUAUCAUUUGAACAAAGUUAUGGAAUUUAUAAAAUAGCACAUGAAGAUUACUAUGGUGAUGAUGAAAAUUCUAUAUCCUAUCACAAUCUCAUGAACUAUGAAUGCAAAACUCCAAAAGAUUCUCAGAGAGACACUCCUAAUAUCUUCAGUGCCAUAAAAGUGGAAAUCAGCACUACACCCUCCCUGGACAGCUCCACACUUAAAGGAAUUAACAAGUAUACGAAUACUGAUAUUAUAGAGGCUAAACAGGAUUCCCGAAAUGAAAAGGGCGUUGGCCCACUGCUCUUUGAAAAAACAGGUGAUACUCACUAUGAAGAAACCACCUUUUUGGAAGGGCCAGAAAGAAGACUUUCUCAUGAGGAGAGUCAGAAACCAGACCUUUCAGACUGGGAAUGGUGUAGGAGUAAAUCAGAAAGAACUCCUCGUCAGCGUUCCGGUGGUGGCCUUGACAUUCCCUUGUGUGCGUUCCAGGGGAUGGUGUCUCUCCAGGCCCCUACAGGGAAAACACUAUCUCUUUCUACUUAUGAGGUAAGCACAGAAGGACAGAAAAUAACCCCAGCCUCUAAGAAAAUAGAAGUCUAUCGAUCCAAAAGUGUUGGCCAUGAACCAAACUCAGAAGAUUCUCCAUCCACAUUUGCAGACACCAGUGUAAAAAUACAUUUGGAGGUUCUUGAAAUUUGUGAUAAUGAAGAGGCCUUGGACACUGUGUCGAUCAUUAGCAACAUCAGCCAGUCCUCCACACAGGUCCGAUCUCCAUCCCUACGCUACUCACGGAAAGAAAACAGAUUUGUUUCAUGUGACUUGGGAGAAACAGCCUCGUAUUCUCUCUUUUUACCCACAAGUAGUCCUGAUGGUAACAUCAACAUCUCCAUCCCAGACACCGUUGAAGCACACAGGCAGAACAGUAAAAGGCAGCAUCAAGAGAGGGAUGGCUACCAAGAGGAAAUCCAGUUGUUAAAUCAAGCUUACAGGAAGAGAGAGGAAGAAAGCAAGGGUAGCUAGUGACCACUUGGUCUAGUACAGGCAAGAAUGGUGCCUCAACUCCACCCCGCUAAACUAACACCUUUGUUCUAAGGCUCUUUGAUUUCCUUUUUCAUUUGUUGGUUUGCAUAAGCUUUACAGAUAUACUAGGUACUUAUUUGUACUGCAAACAGCUGGAAAUAGUGCAAACAUUUAAGUGCUUUUGAUGUGUCACUUUAAUGAUCACACACUGUGGUAAUUAAAAGAUUUGUUUCUUAUCCAAUUUCUAAAAAUCUUUUCUAAAUCAAAUCUUGGCCGAGUUUAUUAAUGUUUUGCCAAUGUUUGUCAACAUCAGAGUAAACAAAAAAUUAUUUAAGCUUGAUGAGUAUACUGUUCCCAUGCAUGUUUCUACACAUAAUGUUGGGCUUUAAACUGCAAGGGGGAAAAAGACAUUUGGGGAAUGAAAGAAAUGCAGCAAAACUCUUGAGUUGUGUUGGAAGAGGCUUGCCGAAAUGUGAUUAGCAAAGCAAGCUUAUUACAGGUACAGCUUUAACUUUGCACUGAUGUCUAGAAAAUAUAUUCUUGUAUAAAAUUGCAAAUUAACUUCCAACUUCAAACCAUGCAUGUCCCUAGUCCGUAGAUAGUUGUUUCCUUCAUUUCUAUAAAAUACAAAUUGUUUACUGAAUUUUUAAAUUUUCUUUCUCUCUUUAAUGUAACAGUGUUUUCAUCUUUUCAGUAUGUCAAGACUGCUCUUAAAACAAAUACUUUGUGUGUUUCAAGUGGAACUACAAAUAGUCUUUAACUGAAACAUUAUUAGGAAAGGUUGUAAAUAUAAACUUCAUCAUUUCUCGAACUGUUCACUUUAAUUGAAUGGAAAUUGAGGAAAAACUGCCAAAUUAAUUUCUGUGAGGUACACCCAACUAGACUAACAAAAUUUCUGGGUAAGUAGAGAAAAAUCCUCUAAGUCCAAAACAAAAGUGUCUGUUUCUAAAGCCGCAGAUUUGACAAACUUUCUUAGCCAUUUUUAAAGCACAGAAAAUUUUAGUUCAAAUAAUAUUCCAACUUUAGG